AAAUAAACGAAAGAUCAAAACAACUGAAUAUGUGUCGUUUUUCCCCCAAACUUAUCAAACCUUUCGCCUUCUUGCAUGAAAAGUGGUAUAUUUUCUGCAGCCCGUGAAAGCCCCGCCCUUAGGCUGUGUAAACCAAUCAAAAGACAUCUUCAGUUGCGUGCAACCAAUGGGAACACCCUUUUCCGAGCUUCCUGUCUGUUUACUCCACCUCCUGAAGUGUCAACAAUGGCAGCCGAGGGAGAUUUUUUGACGCGCUACCGGGCGGUGUCAAAUAAACUGAAAAAACGUUUUCUGCGGAAGCCUAAUGUCGCUGAAGCAAGUGAACAGUUUGGUCAGCUGGCCAAGGAGCUCAGACAGCAGGACUGUCCUCAAUAUGCUGCCUUCUGUAAUCUCGCCAUGGCCCGCUGUGAGCAGACCCUGUUCAAUGCUCCAGGAGAAGCCCUGGCACUGACUGAUGCAGCCCGACUCUUUCUGGCCUCGGAGCAGGAAACCCGAGCUCUGAGGGCCCCUGGCUUCGACGAGAAUAUGCAGGCAGCAAUGAACUGCUAUAGUUUUGCUAUUAAGGUCUAUAUUGAGAUGAAUCAGCCUGUUAUGGCGGCCAGUCUCUCACUGGAGCUUGGCAAUGCUCUGAAGGAGAUGAACAGACCCGGGGAGGCGAUAGUUCAUUUCCAGAGAGCCGCAGAACUGCAGAUUCAGACUCCAAUUGAGGCCUUGCUGUCACUGUGGGAAAUGGCCUCCUGCAAAAUACUGACCCGCGAUUUCGAUGGCGCUCUUGCUGUUCUCUCUGAGAUGCAGCACAUGUGUCAGGAAAGAGGACUACAGCUACCAGGGACAAACACCCCUGUCGGUGCAUUUAUGGAUAUCAUAGCAAAGUGUGAAAUCUCCAGGGUGUUACUUCUUAUGCUGCUUGAGCCUCCCCCUCAAAAGCUGUUACCUGAGCACGCUCAAACACUAGAGCGAUACGCCUGGGAAUCCUUCGACUCACAUGGUCAGGUAAACUUCCUUCCAGAAAAUGUGUUCCUCCUUCUGCAGUCGGUUGUGAUGGCCUGUCAGGAAAAGGAUACAGAAUCUCUCAAGGCUCUCCAGACGGAACUAUGGCCUCUCCUUUCGGCAGAACAGAAUCAUCUCCUCCACUUAGUGGUUCAGGAGCGAAUUACACCCUCUGGUCAGGGCAUAUGAUUCAGUGCAAUACACCCCCACAAAACAGUUCUUAUUGGAACAGUCCUAUGCCAGUGCCUGGUGCAUUUUGCAUGAGGACUGUAACACAGUGGUUUUCAAACUUGUUCCUGGGGACCCACAGCUCUGCACAUUUUGCAUGUCUCCCUAAUUUGCACACCUGUUUCAGAUCAUCAGCUCAUUAGGAAAGGGCUCCAUGAACUCAAAUGAGUGUGUCAGAUAAGGGAGACAUGCAAAAUGUGCAGAGCAGUGGGUCCCGAGGAACAGGAUUGAAAACCACUGCUGUAGAAGGUCACUGAACCUAGCAGAGCUGUACAUACAAAUUUCUCUAAUAACAGAAGUUUUCAUGUCCCCUAUACAAACUUGCUUUAGUGAUUUGAAUGUACAUUUUAUUCUUCAUUUUUAUAUAGUGGUAAGAUAUUGUGUUGAAAAGGUAAAUGAUUAUGUUGAAGCUUAUUUAAAGUUGUAAAGUAUUGAUGUUGUAAAUAAUAAAAUAACAAAAGAGA